GGUCGCACGCGCUGGGUUUGGUGAAGGAGACUCGAGCGGACGCACGAGGCAGCUGGAGUGGAUUAAGAGCGAUAUUAACAGGGAGGAGACGCGCGUGCCAUUACGCACCAGGCUGCUCCGGUGGGGGGGUGAUCGAUCCGACCGGCACAUUAUAAUAACAAUAAUAAUAACAAUAAUAAUAAUAAUUAUAAUUAAUACUGUUACUGGAGAUAUUAAUGAGAGCGGGAGCCGCAGUGUCUGACGGCCGAACUCCAGUGACCGAGCGCGGGGAAAGUUGGAGCGCAGCGGGCGGAGAGAGCCGGAGCUCCGGGAUGUGGACCGGCUGAGCAGCUGCUCAACAACCGGCGGGAAGUGUUUGUUUGAGCGCUCGUGGACCGACUUCACCGGACAAACCGUGGAUACAACGACACGCGCCGCUUCACCGGAAUAUGCGGUCCCUGAUGGACUCCGCGCUGGUCUGAGUCCACCACCGAGGGGGGUCCGGGCUCCCCGCUGACACCGUCUCCAGGGGUAUUUGCUCGCUCCACCAUGUCGGCGGCAGUUUCUCCGGUUUCCACCGAGAGAGAGCGAGAGUGAGUGAGAGACACCGGGAGAAAGCGGACCGGACCGGAGAGCGACCCUGUUCCGUCUGUAGGAUUACUACCGGACCCGACAUGAUCCUGAUCCAUAUCAUCACUGUGCUGUUUGUGCUGGAUGUGUGUGUGUGCGAGUCGGAGCUGGGCCCCCCCGGGUGGAGGGAACCUCUGGACUGUGUCCGAGCCUCUGAACUGUGCAACCAGAACAGCCAGUGCAGCUCACGGUACCGGAUCAUGCGCCAAUGCCUCUCUGGCGGGGACAAGGAGCGGAGUGCCAUGCUGGCCUCCAAGGAGUGCCAGGGGGCGCUGGAGGUGCUGCAGGACUCGCCGCUGUACGACUGCCGCUGCAAGAGGGCCAUGAAGAAGGAGCUGCAGUGUCUGCAGAACUACUGGAGCAUCCACAUGGGUCUGACUGAGGGGGAGGAGUUUUACGAGACGUCUCCCUACGAGCCGAUCCAUUUCUCUGAGGAAUUCCGACAUGCCUCCAUCAUCUCAGAUUCGUCUUUGUUGAAGAUGAGCCCCUGCUCUGAAGCGGGGAAACCCUGUAACCCCUGUCUGGAUGCAGCGAAGGCGUGCAACCUCAACGAGACGUGUAAGCGCCUGCGAUCCGCCUACAACUCCAUCUGCAGCAAGGCCACGCCCCCUCAGCCCUCCCUGGCCAAUCAGGAGCCAUGCAGCCGGAAGAGGUGUCAGAAGGCUCUGCGUCAGUUCUUCGAGCGGGUCCCGUGGGAGCUGAGCUACCCUCUGCUCUUCUGCUCGUGCCCGGACCAGGCGUGCGCCGAGCGCCGCCGCCGCACCAUCGUCCCCUCCUGCUCCCACCAGGAGAGGCACAAGCCCACCUGCCUGGAGCUGAGACGCACCUGUCGCUCCGACGCUCUCUGCAGGUCUCGGCUCGCAGAUUUCCACAUGAACUGCCAGAUGACAUCUCACACCGUCACCAGCUGCCCCCAUGACAACUACCAUGGCUGCCUCAUGUCCUACGUCGGCCUCCUUGGCUCAGAUGUGACGCCGAACUACAGCGACAGCAGCCCCUCCAAUAUCACCAUCAGCCUGUGGUGUACCUGCAGGGGCACCAGCAAUCAGGAGCCCGAGUGUGACGCUUUCCACCGGGACUUCACACACAACACCUGCCUCAAAAACGCCAUCCAGUCGUUUGGGUACGGCGCAGAGGGGGGCACUCUUCUUGUAACCGAGCCAUCGUCCACCUUCUUACCCCCUGCCCAGCCACCAAUCAUCUCCAAACCUGCUCCCUCUCUACACGGCAACGCAAUCAAACCCAUGGACAGUGCUUGUAUGUUUUCCACAUGUGCUAACCUGCAGGAUGGAGGCCAGAAGUGCGUCCCCUCUGACGAGUUCGAGUGCGAGGAGGCUCUGUUGGCCCAGGGGUCAAUAGACUCUCCGGACUCUGCAGGACCGAAGAGCAGCAGCCGGCAAUCAGCUCCUCUCCUCCGCCACCACCUCUCUGUGACUGUGUGCGUCUCCAUCCUGCCGACGUUUCUACUCCUCGUCGCAUAAAUAUGAACUUACACACGCUGCACAAACACACACAUACACACAGACACACACGUUCACACACUCACAUGUUCACACACUCACACUCAUAAAUGGCAAGACCCGGAGAAAGUCACGUGACCCGGCGCCCUCGCGGCUGCAGGAAAAUGUCAACCGACAGACGACCAAACAUCCACAACGGCCUUUGGAGAAAGUGUUCUGGAGGACGUUCAGAUUAGCCGUCUCUCUCCACCACACACACACACACACACACACACACACACACACACACGCUGCAGCAGAAUAAUGGAAGAACAAGAAGAAGCCGGACUGUGUGUUUUGUGAUGGACUACAAAGGCAGAGACAGAGAGGCUCUUGGGAUUUUGGAUCACAGCGACUUCGUUUCCAAUGCUCCGCGUCUGGAGGGUUUGCUGUGCAACUCCGGCUCUGACUCGCUCCCUCCGGCGUUUCUGGAUCCGAGACAGCCGGGCUUGAAACCGCGGCGACUUUUUGGCUCAAGCACAAAACCACACACAAACACACACCAAGAAUACACACAAAAACAACACCACACACUCAGACAGCAAACGUGAGAGAGAGAGACGACAGGCAGAUCCUUCCACGGUGUUUAUCACUCCCCUCUCUGGUGGCAAGAAAUCUAUAUGGCGUACAUACAAACACACAUGCACGCACACUGUCUCCCUCCCCUUAGAACUCGCUAGCGGGCAAACAGGGUCCCCACACGGACACAAACACUCAUGCUGUACACCAGUGUGCUUUUUGCGGGUCUUUCUCUUAAUUUUGUCGUCAACAUUAUGUACAAACUUCAUUUAAUGUGGAAAACGGAGUCUCAGUGGAAGAGUGUAUAUUUCACAUACUGUAAGUGUAUAGUUGUGUGAGCUUGUUUGUCGGGGAGUGUGUGUUUGUGCGUGGGCUGUGUGUGGAUGCUCAGUGUGCAUGUGGCAGCAAAAGAAAAGCUAGAAGGAUUUAAAUCUUAUAAGGAACAGAAUACCAAAAAUCUCAUCACUGAAGACUUAAUGUUGGCAUUUAAAUAUCACUGGGAUAUGUACAGUGUGUAAUAUAACUUUGAAAAGCAUCUGUCAGGAUUUAUGUGGUUUGGAUCGCCUUCUUUGAAGCUUCCAGAGGGUCAUUUUCAAACAUUCAUUCAAAGAGCAACUUGUAGGUUAAAUUUGUUUCCGAUUUUAUACUUAAAGGUUAUGUAUAGGAAAUGUACUUGCCAGUAGAUGUCGCACUAAAGCACCAGCAUCGCAAAACAAAUGGGUGCUACGACCAGCCAGACUCCACUGACAAAUCCAGUCAUUUUACGACGCAGAUAAUUGCAGAAACCCACCACAAACUGGUGGAAAGUGAUAUUACGUUUAAUAACGAUUAACGAUUAGACGUUUCUGGUUGUUUCUGUCCAGACUCCAUAGACAAAUACGCAAAUUUUAUGUCACAUUUCAUUGUAACUUCAUUCAUAAUGGAUGGACACAAAAUAAAAUUCUGCAAAACCGUCACUGUUAGUCUUUCCAACAAUCAACAACUCUGGUUUGGUGGAAAUAAAUCCUUAAUUCACCGAUGUAGAUGAUAAAAACAGCAGUGUCAGUAGUUUUCAAUUUUUUAAUUCCAAAUGACCACAUAAAUUCUCAUUGAGCAAAAUCUUUAAUGCUAUAAAUUUGGGGAUAUGAGGUAUUCAAUUUCUUAUAACAUUCAACUAACUUUGUCCUUUUCUUUUGCUUCCAUAAACGUGUUUAAUCUGUGUGUGUGUGUGUGUGUGUGUGUGUGUGUGUGUGUGUGUGUGUUCUUUACCUCUGGCCACUCUGUGGGGUAUUUUUUAUGUUUCAUAGAAGCUACGAGGAUGUGGAACAUGAAGGCCUGUUUGUGCUGUAAGACGGCCACCAGGUUGUUGUCUCGAGUGGGUCGUCACCUCUUACCCUCCAUCAGCUGGAAGUGAAAGAGAGAUCAGUUUCUGUGAUUAUGGUGUGGCCUUACUUUACUGUUCUUUCUUACAUACUUGAAAGAGGGAGAAUGAUGAUUAUUGCCCCGCUAGCGGUUGGUAAAAGGGUCUAUAAUGUUUAAUACUUUGGUCCAGAGGAUGAAUCCUAUUGACACAGCACCACUAUCUGGGCAAAUUUUGCUUUUUACUACCUAUCUAACUGAGAUUUAAAGAAAGUUUGUUCAACUUUAACCAUUUAGAAACAAAUACACGUGUUUAAGUGAAAGAAACAAGCAAGUAUCAUCAGCAAGAAGUAAUAAAAACAGAUCUAGUAACCAGUUAUGUAAAGAAUGGAAUAAAAGGGGUCAAAUAAAUAUUCAUAGUCCCCAGAGGAUGUAUCUCGGUCUUUUGGUUGACCUCCUCAUCAUGAAAAUAUGUUUAUUGAGAUUUAAAGGUUUGUUCAAUUUAAACCAUUUAAUAUAAGUCUCACAAAUACAAGUGUUUAUCUGAAAGAAACAAGCAAGUAUCAUCAGCAAAAAUAAAAACAAAUGAAUAUUCAGUGGUUAGUCAAUAAUGUAACAAGGAAUAAAAGGGGUCCAACAAUUGAUUCCUGUGGGCCACUCAAGGAUGAAUUAUUUAAAUUUGGGGAUUUCAUCUAGGGUCACCCAACCAUGUCUCCUAGAAAUUACAUUUCUAUAUUAUUUUGCUGCUUAUGUUGUGUUGACAACGUAAUGCCUGCAUUGAUUAUGUUCAAAGACAACAUUUUUUGACUGUCACACCAAGUUUGUGUCCAGACUUCUAAGUCUUAAGUCACUCCUGAGUUUUGAAUAAUGCUGUAGUCACUAUGAGUUGAUAGUAUUGCAAGAUUGUCCAUUUUGGUGGAAAACAAGUGAAAAAACAUUUUACUGGUAAGUUAAAUAUCAACAUUUUUGUGAUUUUCCAGGUACGUUCAACAACAUUUCCCUAUUAUGUUAAUAGAAAAACAUAAUUCAGUCGGCAUUAUGUUUCACUCAGAAAGAUUUGUUGCAUUUAUUCAUAAUUUCUAGGAGACAGUGCUGUGCCACCUUAACAUUUUCGCUCGUACACAAGAAAUGUAAAAAUGUAAUGUGACAAUUGGUAUGAAAUAUACUGAGCACAUUCAUGCACCUCAGAGGAUGAGCACUCCCUGGUCAUUCCUCAAGUGACAUAUCAACGCCAAAUUUCAACUUUGUACAAAAGUUUUUUUCAUAAUCUAAAAGGGAGACUGCCAGACCUUACAUUUUCCAUAUUUAAUUGAUUUGUCUGUAUUAUUUUUAGAGGCAUGAGAAGGUAAAUUAUUAAUAGGGACGGUGGAAAAAGUGGAAGCCCAAACAGUAUUGUAAUAAGUAAUAUAUAGGUAAAGUAAGCUUUAAUAAAGAGUCAUCAAUCAUUUGUGGUUAGCCAAACUUCAUACUUUAUUGACCAUACCAAUUAAUACUAACAAACUGAACCAUAUAUGAUUUUAUAAUAGGAUUUUUCCAACUUACAUUUCAUUAAGUAACACACCAAGAAAUCUUGUAGAUGAGACCUGAGAUUUUUUUCCAAUAAAAAGGCAAGAAUUGGGUGUAAAAUAACUUUUAUUUUUUUUGUCAAUAUCAUGAAAUUAGAUUUAAAGAAAAUUAGUUAAAUUUAAACAAUUUAUAAAUUAAAUCUAAGUCAGAAUUUGCAUUACAAAAACGUGUGUUUACGUGAAAGAAACAACUGAGUAUCAUCAGCAAAAGGUAACACAAACAAAUUAAGAUUUAGUGUCAUUAAUGUAAUGAGGAAUAAAAGGGGUCCAAUAAAUGAUCCCUGUGAGAUGCCUCAAGUAUCUCGUGCCAAAUCAGAACUCAGUGCAUUUACAGGUGUUUCUGAUUAGUAAUAUAAUUUGACAGCCAUAUAUCGGUCAGUCACCAAAGCCAUAAUGUGAUAACUUGAUCAACGGUUGGGAAAAACUGCUCUAGCGCCACCCUCAGGAUAAACUUUGCAUUUUAAAUCCCAACUACUAAAGCUAAAUUAUCAGUAUAUUCUUCUGUCCAAACCUUUAAUUCUGUUGGACGUAAGGAAUCUGGGAGCCGCUAGCGGAGCUUUACACUUUGUGAUUAUGUGGAGGGAAAGAGAAAUGAGUAGAUGAGUGAAGGAAACAGAUGGAAGUGAGGUUGUAAAUUUGCUGAUAUAUUUGUAAAGUUUAACAGCGCUACAGCAGUGUAACUGAAAUAUGUGUCUGGAGAUCUAAAUAAAAGUAACAUCUGUAACAACA